AAUAAUAGCUGCUUCAUAUAAUUCACUCAAAUAUGUACUAAAAGAAAUUUUAUUAUGGAAGCAAAGUUAAUUAAUCCUAGCAAUGUUUAUGUAUGAAGUCCCAUUUGUAUUCUUUUUUAGGUAGCAAACCAGUCCUCUCCAUGUUAUUGGUUAAGGAAAUUGCAAUGAAACUUUCUUUCAAAUUUACCUGUACCUAUGGCUGGGCUGCUCAGAGUUUGAGGAGUCAUUCUAAAGACAAAAGGGAGUAUAUUUAUACAAAAGAGCAAUUUGAGUAUUCCAAAACACAUGACCUUCUAUGGAAUGCUGCACAGUACCAGAUGGUAAGAGAAGGGAAAAUGCAUGGAUUUCUCAGAAUGUAUUGGGCAAAAAAGAUAUUAGAGUGGACAAAAAGUCCAGAAGAGGCACUUGAAAUAGCGAUCUAUCUUAAUGAUAAGUAUGAACUAGAUGGAAGAGAUCCUAGUGGUUAUGUUGGUUGCAUGUGGUCUAUCUGUGGAGUUCAUGAUCGAGCUUGGGGAGAACGCCCAGUGUUUGGUAAAAUACGCUUCAUGAACUUUAAAGGCUGCCAAAGAAAAUUUGAUGUGAAUGGAUACAUAAAAAAAUAUACAAGAAAUUGAACAACAAUAAUCUUGUCUCAUUUGUAUAAAAUCAUGUAUUGUAAUGUUUUUAAAUACCAAUUCUUUUGAAUAAAACACAGUGCUUUCUUUCAAAUUUUA